UCACACAAUGGAAUGCUGCCCAGCAAGGCGAAAGCGAAAAACUCGUCUUUUAGGAACAACACGGGUGAAUCUCACAGACGCAAUGCUGAGGGAAAGACGCAUAAAGCUGAGCUCGUGUGGACACAGGAGAGCUCUUAUUGCAUGACUGCACUGAUGUGAAGGUCAAAGUUAGGCAUAACUAGUCGGUGGCGAAGGCGCUCAGAAGAGUGGUUACUGGAAGGAGGGUACUAGCCGGCGAGGACCAUGAAGCAGCCUGCUGGGGGUGCUGGAAAUGUUCCCCAGCCUGACUGCGGGGGGUGAUAGCAUAGGUGUAUACCUAUGUAAAAACUUAUUGCACUCUACAUGCUAACAUUUCAAACAAGGCUCUGUGGAUUGGAACAGGAAGCACGAAGCAGGAAGAGAGAAGAGUCAACUAUCAUCUAAAUGAGCACAGACAUCUGCCAGUCCCCAGACACGCCUGGAAUGAGGCUCCCAUGGGCUGCACAGCCCCAGGCCCUGGCCACGCUGCCAUUGCCUUACCCCCUUCACCCUUUCUCCGGAUACACCUCUUCAUGGAAGGUGGCACCUGUGCACCAAGGUCUGAGCCUGGUCACUGCUCCGGCAGCCCCAGGAGCCGCUGGAUUCACCCACAAGGCAUGGGAACUUUGGGGCUGUGGCUGCCUUGAGAGCCCCGGACACACACUGGAAAAGGUCUGUGGGUGGCUCCUAGAAGAUCUUGAUUUUCUCCUGAGGACAUCCUGUUUUCCUGGGUCAGUUCCCUGUCGGACCGGCUCCCCAGUUGACCAUGAGCCAGCCAGACCCCGCCUGUCCCCCUGAUCCCAGCCCUGCUCCCCUGUGUGUGGUAUGCGGCCAAGCCCACUCCCCCGAGGAGAACCACUUCUACACCUACACCGAAGAUGUGGACGAUGAGCUCAUAUGCCACAUCUGCUUGCAAGCUUUGCUGGACCCUCUGGACACGCCCUGCGGACACACGUACUGCACCCUGUGCCUCACCAGCUUCCUGGUGGAGAAGGACUUCUGCCCCGUGGACCGCAGGCCCGUGGUGCUGCAGCACUGCAAGAGGUCCAGCAUCCUGGUCAACAAGCUGCUCAACAAGCUGCUGGUGACCUGCCCGUUCUCGGACUACUGCGCCGAGGUCCUGCAGCGCUGCGACCUGGAGCAGCACUUCCAGACAAGCUGUAAAGGUGCUUCCCAUUAUGGCCUGACCAAAGACAAGAAGAGGCGCUCUCAAGAUGGCUGCCCAGAUGGCUGUGUGAGCCUCACAGCAACAGCACUCUCCUCAGAGGCCUCUGCAGCUGCCACUGUCUCCUUGGUGACAAGUGAGCCUGGCCUAGACAACCCUGCCUACGUGUCCGCAGUGGAGGAUGGUCAGGCAGCAGACAGCCCAUUGGACUCUGGCCAGAGCAACCGAACUAGGGCAUGGCCCUUUGAGCGAUCCACUAUCAGAAGCAGAUCUUUUAAAAAAAUAAACCAAGCUUUGAGUGUUCUUCAAAGGACAAAGAGUGGGAGUGCGGUUGCCAACCAAGCUGACCAGGGCAGAGAAAAUUCUGAAGACACCACUGCCCCUGAAGUCUUUCCAAGGUUGUAUCACCUGAUUCCAGAUGGUGAAAUUACAAGCGUCAAGAUCAAUCGAGUGGAUCCUAACGAAAGCCUCUCCAUUAGGCUUGUGGGAGGCAGCGAAACCCCGCUGGUCCAUAUCAUCAUCCAGCACAUUUACCGUGACGGCAUGAUUGCCAGGGAUGGCCGGCUACUGCCAGGGGACAUCAUCCUGAAGGUCAACGGGAUGGACAUCAGCAACGUGCCUCACAACUACGCCCUGCGCCUCCUGCGGCAACCGUGCCAGGUGCUGCGGCUCACCGUGCUGCGUGGGCGCAAGUUCCAAAGCAGGAGCAGCAGACAGGCGCCGGAUGCCUACGCGCCCCGCGAUGACAGUUUCCACGUGAUUCUCCACAAAAACAGCCCUGAGGAGCAGCUUGGAAUAAAACUGGUGCGCAGGGUGGAUGAGCCAGGGGUUUUCAUCUUUAACGUGUUGAAUGGUGGUGUGGCAGACCGACACGGUCAGCUGGAGGAGAACGAUCGCGUGUUAGCCAUCAAUGGACACGACCUUCGGUACGGCAGCCCAGAAAGUGCAGCUCAUCUGAUUCAGGCCAGUGAAAGGCGUGUUCACCUCGUUGUGUCCCGCCAGACUCGUCUGCAGAGUCCUGACAUCUUUCAGGAAGCUGGCUGGAGCAGCAACGGCAGCCGGUGCCCAGGGCCAGGGGACAGGAGCAGCACUCCCAAGCCCCUGCAUCCUGUGGUCACUUGCCAUGAGAAGAUGGUAAGUGUCCAAAAAGACCCCAGCGAAUCUCUCGGCAUGACCCUUGCAGGCGGAGCGUCCCACGGGGAAUGGGAUUUGCCUGUCUACGUCAUCAAUGUUGAGCCGGGAGGAGUCAUAAGUAGAGAUGGAAGAAUAAAAACAGGUGACAUUUUGUUAAAUGUGAAUGGGAUCGAACUAACAGAAGUCAGCCGGAGUGAGGCAGUUGCAUUAUUGAAAAGCACAUCCUCCUUGGUGGUUCUCAAAGCUUUGGAAGUCAAAGAACAUGAGCCCCAGGAAGCCUGCAGCAGCCCAGCAGCCCUGGACUCCAACCACAACACGGCCCCGGCUGGAGACUGGUCCCCCUCCUGGGUCAUGUGGCUGGAAUUACCACGGUAUCUGUAUAACUGUAAAGAUGUUAUAUUACGAAGAAACACAGCUGGAAGUCUGGGCUUCUGCAUUGUAGGAGGUUACGAAGAAUAUAAUGGGAACAAACCUUUUUUUAUUAAGUCCAUUGUUGAAGGAACACCAGCAUACAAUGAUGGAAGAAUUAGAUGUGGUGAUAUUCUUCUGGCUGUCAAUGGUAGAAGUACAUCAGGAAUGAUACACGCUUGCUUGGCAAGGAUGCUGAAAGAACUUAAAGGAAAGAUUACUCUUACUAUUGUUUCUUGGCCUGGCACUUUUUUAUAGGAUCAUAGGAAAACAGAAAACUACAGAUAAGCUAUGUUGAAACAAUGUAUUUAUCUUGUCAAUUUUUUUAUUUAAAGGAUAUACACUGUAAAAAUGUGAACUGUCAGGAAAAGCAUGAUCUAUUGAAAGCCAAUUACACCUCAGAAAACAUAAUUCUCAA